GUGUGACAGCAAAGGGCGGCGUGCCAUUGCGUCAUCGCCGACGCGACGUUCCCCUUGCGUCAUCAAUCCGCGACAUUAAGGGAGGCCUCUAACAUAAUCGGCCAAAAUGGCGCCUUCCCCCACAAAGAGGAAGGAUCGCUCCGAGGACAAGGCGAAAGAUCGGGGAAAGGACAAGACGGGCACCAAGGAGGGUGCGGACAAAGAGAGAAGCCGGGAGAAGGGCCGCAAGCGCCGCAGCGCCUCUACGGGCAGCAGCAGGUCCCGCUCCAGUUCUAGCUCCAGCAGCAGCUCGGGCUCCAGCUCGGGCUCCUCCAGUGGCUCCAGCUCCUCCUCGGCAUCCAGCCGUUCCGGUUCCUCCAGCUCCCGCUCCUCCAGCUCCUCCAGCUCCUCGGGGUCACCCAGCCCCAGCCGACAUCGCCACGACAACCGCCGCCGCUCUCGGUCCAAGUCCAAGUCCCUGAAGAAGGACGACAAGGAGCGCCGGAGGAGAAGCCCCAGCCCCAGGCCCACCAAGGUGCAUCUGGGCCGCCUCACCAGGAACGUCAUCAAGGAGCACAUCCAGGAGAUCUUCUCCACCUACGGGAAGAUCAAGAUGAUCGACAUGCCUGUUGACAGGCUGCACCCGCACCUGUCCAAGGGCUACGCCUACGUGGAGUUUGAGACGGCGGAUGAGGCAGAGAAGGCCUUGAAACACAUGGACGGGGGUCAGAUCGAUGGGCAGGAGAUCACAGCCACUGCUGUCCUGGCUCCCAGGGUGCGCCCCGUUCCCCGGCGGCUAACUCCCCCACGCAGAAUGCCCCCGCCUCCCCCCAUGUGGCGCAGGACCCCACCGCGCAUGAGGAGAAGGUCCCGGUCCCCACGUCGACGCUCGCCAGUGCGUCGCCGUUCGCGGUCCCGCUCUCCCGCCCGUCGGCGCCACCGCUCGCGCUCCAGCUCCAACUCUUCACGCAAAGAGCGGAAGAAGCGUAAGCCCUGGUCUGACACGCGGCACGGAUCGUCUCCGGGAAGCUCAAAGGAAGACGGGCUCCUUCGGUGAAAGUCGCUAUAACGGACAGCUUUGUAGGUUUGCUUGUUUGUCUUUAUUUUUUGGUCCUUAAUUUUAGUCACAUUUUUUUUGGACCGAUCCCUCAUUCAUUGUACAUAUAAAGGUGGGCGGAGACAUGUAAAAUGAAAGGAAAAAAAAAGUUUUAGUUAAACUGCGUUGCUUUUGGUCCUGAAAUAAACUUGCUGAACCUUG